AGCUGAAGAUUUUCCAUGCGUGCUGUCAAAUAUUCCGGAAAAGUGUAAAUAUUGCAUUAAUUACGUAAAACUUGCCAAACAAAUUGUUUUAAGAGCGGCGUUUCCAUUUUUUUUAAAGAAUAUUCUAUCACCAUGGCCCUCGUUCGAUCCUUCCAAAUUUUAAUCCCCCUGGUAGCACCGAAGAUGCCCACAACAUCGCUGCUGGGUGCCGGUAACUUGGCCAGCAGCCUAACGGAAGCUUCGGCUGGCGGUGCUUGGUCUACCCUAUCGGCACGGACCGUCAUCCGCAAUCAGUUUCCCCGGGCCAAAGAAACCAAACGGGUGCGAGUUCAUGGCUGGUGGACCCGAAUGGCCACCCGGGAAGGUCGACGAAUCUUGAUGCGCCGGAUUUUGAAGGGUCGUCAUGUGUUGUCUCAUUAAUUGUCACUUGAAUAGAUUAGCUCUAAUAAAUUACUGUUCGAUUAUGCCUCAUAA